UUGGAGGAGCCGUUCGCGCCUUUAUCUGACCGACCCGGUGGCAUGCCAGUGCGAUAUGAAUAGCUGAAUUCAGUAGUUCCUAGUUCGUGGUUCGUUGAAUUGUUUCGGGCUGUUGUUUGUGUUCCGUCCAUUUCUCGCUCGAAAGCUCCCGUCACAGCCCCAACAUGUUAUUCUUGAGGAAGAGCGGUGAAGUAGUUCUGGCCUCUGGAUCCCAUGGGCGCAGGCUGGCGUCUUUAGGGCGUCGAAUGAGCAAGGCGCCCCUCCGGUAUCUUACAGUUGUCCCGACCUCCGCCAGGCAUUUCACCACCAAUUUGUCGCUGAGCACCCCGCACGCGGUAAAUAACUCCUCUAAUUACAAUGAUUCGGGUCAUGGCAUCGAUUUGAAACGAGCUCUGCAAGCUGCCGACAGGAGACGCAGUAAAUUCACCGACCGGUCACAACUGAAGUACUCGCGACGUAUCGUGGUCAAGCUGGGAAGUGCCGUCAUCACCCGAGAAGAUGAGCAUGGGCUCGCCCUCGGUCGACUCGCCUCCAUCGUCGAACAGGUGGCAGAACUUCAGCAAGAAGGGCGAGAAUGUAUAAUGGUAACUAGUGGGGCCGUCGCUUUUGGUAAACAGAAACUCACCCAAGAGCUGCUCAUGUCAUUGAGUAUGAGGGAAACCCUCUCAACACGUAAAGACUUUCUUGGAACCCAGAGCAGCGGCAGCCGUCGGUCAAUCAGGACUUAUGUCUCUUUACGAUGCCAUGUUUGCCCAAUACGGAGUCAAAAUCGCUCAGGUGCUCGUCACGAAGCCAGACUUUUACAACGAGGAAACUAGGAAGAACUUGUUCACCACCUUAUCAGAGCUGCUGAGCCUCAAUAUCCUUCCAAUCAUCAAUACGAAUGACGCAGUGACGCCACCCCCUGCACCCGAAGCACCCUCUGGAAAGAAGGUGAUUGCCUUGAAAGACAAUGACAGUUUGGCCGCUAUGUUGGCUGCAGAGAUUCAGUCCGACCUGUUGAUCCUCAUGUCUGACGUAGACGGAAUCUACACACUCCCUCCAUGGCAAGAGGGCUCCAAGAUGAUUUGGACUUACACCUCAGACAUGCACGACGUUGUCCAAUUUGGCAAGAAAUCCAAAGUUGGAACUGGUGGAAUGGACUCCAAGGUGCAAGCGGCAACAUGGGCAUUGGACCGCGGUGUUUCAGUGGUGAUCUGUAACGGAAUGCAAGACAAAGCAAUCAGGUCCAUCAUGGGUGGUCGUAAAAUUGGUACAUUCUUCACAGAGGCCGUCAACACAGUGACCACCCCAACAGAAGUAUUAGCAGAAAACGCUCGUCACGGGAGUCGAGUGCUGCAAGCUCUGCCCGCGGAAGCCCGAGCGGAGGCCAUCUACAAGUUGGCUGACCUCCUCGUCUCCAAGCAAUCGGACAUUCUGGACGCCAACGGUAAGGACAUCAACGAGGCCAAGAAGGCCAACACAUCCGGACCUCUUCUAGACCGUUUGAAACUCUCCCCGUCCAAGCUGAAGAAUCUCGCUGUUGGUCUGAAGCAGAUUGCUGAGUCUAGUCAUAAGAACGUGGGUCGCGUUAUUAGGAAAACAAAGUUGGCUGAAGGUCUCGAACUCACCCAGAUCACCGUCCCGAUUGGAGUACUCCUCGUCAUCUUCGAAUCCAGACCUGACUGCCUACCUCAGGUUGCGGCUCUGGCUUUAAGUUCUGCAAACGGUCUGUUGCUGAAAGGUGGAAAAGAGGCAGCUCACAGUAACAGAGCUUUAAUGGAUGUCGUUAAGGAAGCCAUCUGCUCCGUAGGGGCUGACAAUGCUAUUUCUUUGAUCUCAACGAGGGAAGAAAUUGCCGACUUAUUAUCGAUGGAGAAACACAUUGACCUCAUCAUUCCUAGAGGAUCCAGUGAGCUAGUGCGCAGCAUUCAAGAAAAGAGUCAACAUAUCCCAGUUUUAGGCCACGCCGAGGGUAUCUGCCAUGUCUACGUCGAUAACGAAGCUGAUUUCGCAAAAGCCAUCAAAAUAGUUCGGGACGCCAAAUGUGACUACCCAGCGGCGUGUAACGCUAUGGAGACGUUACUUAUUCACGAGGAUCUCCUCAAGAGCCAAUUCUUUAUCGACGUCUGCAAUGCGCUUAAAAACGAAGGGGUCACCGUCUACUCCGGACCAGCUCUAUCCCAGAAGCUGACUUUUGGACCUCCACCCGUGAAAUCCCUGAAGACCGAGUACGGAAGUCUCGAGUGUGCCAUUGAAGUCGUCAAGGAUCUGCAAGAAGCUGUUGACCACAUUCACACCUACGGCAGUGGACACACCGAUGUCAUUGUCACAGAAAACCGUGAGAAAGCAGCCCUUUUCCAACGUGCUGUUGACAGUGCUUGCGUAUUCCACAAUUCCAGCUCUCGAUUUGCUGAUGGAUACAGAUUUGGACUCGGUGCGGAGGUUGGUAUCAGUACAGCCCGAAUCCAUGCUCGUGGCCCCGUCGGAGUCGAGGGUCUUCUGACGACGAAAUGGGUUCUCAACGGAGACGGUCACGUCGCGUCCGAGUUUGCCGAAGGUGGCCCCUGCCAAUUCGUCCACCAGUCGCUCCCCAUCGAUUGAACUGCCGAACCAAUCAUUCUUACCCUUCGUCAAUUCAUUUUCCAAACAAUUUUUAACGCGCCAAAAACUCUUUUAUUAUUCAUUAUAAAAAGUGCCAAUUUUUUUAAACCCUCAACCCGAUGAUUCCCUUGGACGAGAUCGCAUCCACGUGCCUAAUUACUUUCUACAACUUGAUAUUGACGAUCAAAGUCGAAAAAUUCGUAUCAGCAAGUUUGAUGUUGCGAAUUUCUGUUUUUUGAACUUUUUUUUUUAAAAAAAACUACUUUAUGCACUUUUUCUUGAAAUAGUCUACAAAGUUUUUUCACGCAUUCAAAAUCUUUAAAGAAAAUUUUAAGCAUGUAUUUUAUUGAGAUCUUUUUUAAGACCAAAGAAACAUAAUAGACUAACGCGUAUUUUUCAACAAAGCCUUUGAUUUUAUUAAUUUUUUAAAACUGUUGAAACAUAAGCAAACGCUUUUAAGAUCAGUGGACGCAUCAAGCAUAAAUUAAUGAAAUUAAUGAUUAACCAAUCUUAAAAUUAAAUUGCAUCAGUACCUGAUGCUUAAAGUAUCAAAUAUGCUAUAAGAUAUUGUAAAUUUGCAGAGUUGGACGAUCUUUCAAUUUUUCAAUUUUUCACACGAAGCUGGGGUAUUUUUUUUCGUGGACGUCUUUAUGAAUACGUUUGGCAACGUGCUUUAACCAAUUUCUUAUUUUAAUUUAAUUAAUUUUCUGAUGCGAUAUUUCGCAAAAAAUUCUUGAUGCAGAAUAACCUGGAAGUUUAUUUGAAAUUAAUGUAUCACCGGUGUUUUGAGAACUUAUUCUACUAUUAUUCUGGAUAAUCGCUUUUGCCCCAUUUUUCCACUCUUGUUUCAUCUUCAAUAUUUCCAACGAACACGACCUAAUAUGAUUAGUGGCGUGGCAUGCUUUACAAUGCAUCGAUUGGUCUGUCAUUUAAACCUAUAGGAAAGGAUCGAUAAACAGGGUGUUCGCAACGAAGCCUUAGUAAAUCGAUUCUUUACCAUAGCUUCAAGUGAGGAAAUAUCGAAAAUCGAUCCUUCACGCCUCGCCACUGAUAACGAUUGGUAUGAAGAUGAAAGCUUUGAUAGCAUUUAAAAAUAAAUAUGUAAUUUGAUAUGCUGAGAGCUAAAAGACUGUAUAUGAAAAACAAAAUAAAGUAGGUAGUUUCGUGCGAAAAUGAUAAAUGAGCUUACAAGUAUGAUGUUAGGUUUCCUUACUGCCAAAUGUGUUAAAAUUUAGAUAUUAGUUUAUUUAAUAUUUAUAUUAAGAGGGUUUAAUGUUCUUCUGUAAUCACACAAAAAGUUUGUUAAUUUUAAAUAUGAUAUGUUCUUUUUUCAUCAGGAUUAAGCCUAGUAAGUAGAAUUACUGUGAUUAGAUUCGAAAUCAAAAAGUGAGUUGGCUUUUUAUUUUUGAACAUUUCAGUCAUGAUGAUUUUUGAAGUAAAUUUUACCUAUUCACUGUUGUUUUAACUUAGCAUUGUUAUUUAUUAUUCAAAGUUGACCACAAGAAUUGUUAUUGUACAAAAUAUUUUUUUAUACCUCAAAAUAAAAGUUGUUCCUUGUUUAACAAA